UUUGCAGCCAAAUGAUUAGUGUAUAGACACAUGCCUAUUUCCUUCACCUCCGGACCCCCACAGUUUUGAGUUUUGACCAUUGCAUGGAAAUGGAAACAGAUAAUCCUCUGAUCAUUUAAAAUCUGCACACAGCAAUUCAAAAGGCUAUCUCUAAGUUCAAUUACAGCAAAGAGAGAUACUGGAGAGUGUGUACUCUUCUCUGUAUCCUACAGGCUAAAUGGCAGGUGAACCAGUUAAUGUAAAUGAAUUUGAAGAGCUAGCUAGGCAAGCUCUUCCAAAGAUGUACUAUGACUUCUUUGCAGGAGGAUCUGAGGAUCAAUAUACACUAAAAGAAAAUACAGAAGCAUUUCGUAGAAUCACUAUUCGGCCAAGAAUGCUUGUUGAUGUGAGCAAAAUAGACAUGUCAACUGUUAUACUUGGUAACAAGACGUCGGCUCCCAUUAUAGUUGCUCCAACUUCCUCACAUCAAUUGGCACAUUCUGAAGGAGAAGUUGCAACAGCUAGAGGUGCAGCAGCAUGUAAUGUUAUCAUGGGAUUGGCAUUUACGUCUACAUGCACAGUGGAGGAGGUUGCUUCAAGCUGCAACGCUGUUCGCUUCCUUCAAACUUUCGCUUUCAAGAGAAAUAUAUUAGAACUUAUGGUAAGGAAAGCUGAGAGCAACGGGUUCAGGGCUAUAAUUCUCACUGCUGAUACUCCGAGGCUUGGAAAAAAGGAGGCUGAUAUAAAGAAUAAGAUGAUUGCACCUCGGUUGGGGAACUUUGAAGGUCUUAUAUCAACUGAAGUUGUUUCUGCCAAAGACUCCACAACUGAAGCAUACGCUGCAGAAACUCUUGACCCUUCGUUUUGCUGGAAGGAUAUAGCGUGGUUAAAAUCAGUUACCAAGUUGCCAAUUCUGAUAAAGGGCAUUCUCACUAGUGAAGAUGCAAUCAAAGCGAUUGAAGCAGGAGUUGCAGGAAUUAUUGUCUCAAAUCAUGGAGCUCGGCAACUAGAUUGUACUCCAGCCACUAUUUCUGUUCUUGAAGAGGUGGUCCAUGCUGUUCAAGAUAAAGUUCCAGUUUUCUUUGAUGGAGGAAUUAGGCGAGGAACAGACAUAUUCAAGGCCUUAGCACUUGGUGCAAAAGCUGUUCUGAUUGGUCGACCGGUUAUCUACGGCCUGGCCACUAAGGGAGAGUCUGGUGUAAAGCAAGUUAUAGAAAUGUUGAAGAAUGAACUUGAGCAGACCAUGGCUCUUGCUGGCUGCUGCAAUGUGAAUGACAUUACCAGAAGCCAUGUUAAGACAGAAAAAGAAAGUUUCCUUAGUAGGAUGUAGUUUUCAUCCUCUGUACCUUAAAUAAGUGGCCUUGGCCCCAACUCUACAAUAAAAAAAUGCAGUCCGGUGCAUUAAGCUCCCGCUAUGCGCGACUCUACAAUCAUGUCAAAUGUUGAUUCGUAGUAAUGUUCUGUGUGUAGUGACAUUAUCAAUACUUGUAAUGGUUUCUUUUGCUCUCCAA